UAUUAUUCAUCAUCAUCAUCUUCAUCCUUCUAGUGUUUUCAGAAUGUCUUGCAAAACGACGUCGCCUAAGAUCGCGAUUCCUAUCUGAAUGCAUUGAAAAUGCCCAGCAAGGAAUCAAUUUAUGUUGAUUAGGAAAUUUAGGUGACUGGAGGUGGAAAGCAGAAAAGCACAUACAAUCUUUAAGAGACUUCUCUAGCAAAGGGUAGUGUUGCAAUGUUGGCGUCUAAAGAAAUUAUGACAUUCAAAUCUUACCAGAACCAGGCUAAUAUGUUCGUGAAGGAAUAUAUACUAGCAGACUCUCUGCUUCCAUAUACUUCUGUUAUUGGUGGAAUUUUUGCUUGCAAGAUGGUCUAUGAACUCACUCAGCUUAUUGGUACUAAUUACUUUAAGAUCUAUUCCAGCUUCUCAAAAAUCCAACGAAUUGAGUGGAAUAAUCGUGCUAUAUCAACUAUUCAUGGCAUUUUCAUAACAAUUAUGUCAUUGUACUUCGUGUUUUGCUCAAAUCUAUUUUCUGACAACCAGUCUACCGAACCUGUUACAGUUAGAAGCUCUUCAUUGUCGACAUUUGCACUAGGGGUUUCUGUUGGUUACUUCAUCGCUGAUUUUGCGAUGAUAUUUUGGUUUUUUCCUUCUCUUGGUGGAUAUGAGUAUGUGAUUCAUCAUCUGUUUUCUUUAGUAGCAGUAGCAUAUUCGAUGUUAAGUGGGGAAGGACAGCUUUACACGUACAUGGUCCUGAUCUCUGAGACAACUACUCCAGGGAUUAAUUUGAGAUGGUAUCUUGAUGCAGCAGGAAUGAAAAGGUCUAAAGCUUAUCUCAUCAAUGGGGUAGUAAUAUUCAUUGCUUGGCUGGUUGCCAGAAUACUUCUGUUCAUUUACAUGUUUUACCAUGUCUACUUGCACUUUGAUCAGGUUGAACAGAUGCACACCUUUGGGCAAAUAUUAGUAAUUGUUGUGCCAUUGGUGCUAUCGGUUAUGAACAUGAUUUGGUUUUCAAAGAUUAUAAAAGGCUUGAGGAAGACAUUGGCAAAGAGACAGUAAAUAAUCUGCUUAGUAUAAAACUUUUUGAAGAAAAUGUAUAGGUUACCACUGUCGAUAUCCAUCUCAUCUUGCGUGAUGUGCACUGAGAUGCAACAGUAUCCAUUUAUGAUUUAAUGUAUUUGGAUCCCAUCCCAUGUGGAUCUAAAUAGUUCCUUUUUUUUUUUUUUUCUUUUUUUCAAUUUUUGUCCACGAAAGAUGAAGAAAAGAGAUGGCAUGGAGUGCAGAAGUGUGUGAUCAUACAACAUG